AUGAAUCAAAAACCCAAAGUUAAAUUAACUAAAAAAGAUUAUUUAGAUAAAAAAGAAAGAGAACAACAAUUAGCAAAUAAAGCAAAUAGAGAAAAAGAUAAUAAAGAAUUUGUCGAAAAGAAUUCAUUAGAUAAGGAGAAUGAAAUUUUAUUAAAUGAAAGUAAAAAACAUCAGUUAGGGUUGGGAUCAGAAAAACUAUAUACAUUAAUUAAGAACAGUUUAGGUCAAUUGGAAAAAAGAAAUGAUAUUGAUCCAUAUUGGAUUAAUAAUGAAGAGUUUAGAUUAUCUUUUAUAGCAUUUCUUCCAACUGAUAAUAAAGAGUCAGGUUCAUCAGAAGAAAGUUUACUCUUUAUGAAUUCAGAUCUUUCAAAUCUAUUAAAAUACAAAUACAAUGUUUUUUGGAGCCACUGCAUUUAUAAUAAAUCAUUACAAGAGUUUUUAGAUAGUUUCCUUCGUUUCUUUGAAAGAGAUAGCCAACCACAUAUAAGACUAGUCGAUCAAUCAUCACAACAGCAACAACAACAACAACAACUAUCAAAACGAGGUUCUCAUGAUUUCAUAAAUUCAAAAAAGAUAUUAUAUCGUCGUGUAUUUUUAGUUUUGCUCAGAAUGUCAAUGCAACAAGAGAAAUCUGGUAAUUUUUUAACAAGAAAUUAUUAUGCAGAUACUAUUUAUGAACAAAAGCUUUUUACAAUCCCAAAAAUCUUUGAUAUAUGUACUUUAUUUUCCCCUCACUCAAAAUCGAAUGUAUCAAAUUUGUUACAAAAUUUAUUUGAUACUCAAAAAAAAUUUUAUUCAGAUUUAGACCAACAUAUGUUAUUAAUUUCAAAAUCAUUAUCAGAUUUAAAUCAAAGUUUAUUAAAUAGAGGUUAUUUAGAUUUGCUUAGAUUAGAAGAUAAUUAUUUAAUGGAUAUAGUGUAUAAUGUUAAUACAUUUUUAAGAUUGUUUCCAAUGGGUACACAUUCAAUUUUUGAUGAAAGUCUCAAUAGCAAUGAAGAAGGUGGUGUUGGUGGUGUUUUAUCAUGGCUUACCUAUUUUUAUGAAUAUAUAAUCCCAAUUUUCAACAGAGAAAACCAAAAACUAUUAAAUAAAACCAAUAGCAAUACCUUAACCCCAAGUAUUUAUGAUCCAUUAAAACAACAUAUCUUAAAUAUUUUCCAUUGUAUCUUCAAGCACCUUUUCUUUAUCAAAGUUGAACAAUUACAAUUCCUUAUCCAAGAUCCAUGCCAACUCUGUGGAAAGAAGCCAGCUGGAAUUCAAGAAAUUUCUCGUAGAUUCUUUUCAUUCCUGGGCUCAAUAACUUCAUUUAGCCAACAAUGUAUUGGAUCAACUAAAAAUAACAGAACUAAGCUCUUCAAUGAAUACUUUGAUUCGAUUGCCAGUGCCUCUCUUCUAUAUGACUAUGAACAGACAUACAAAUUAUCGCAUUUCAUUGAAAAUAUUGUUAACUUGGAUGAUACAGUCGAUCAAGUUUCCUAUACUUACUUUAUGCAGUUAAUCGGUAAAUCAGUUUCAGAUAAACCAGUUCAAAAACCAAAGAAAAAGCAAUCAUCUCAACAACCACAGCAACAACAAGAAAAAUCACAAGGCGGUAUCGGUAUUAUCAAUAAACCAACUAUUUUGGAUUAUGACAAAAUAAAUCAAGUUCAAUCAUUAUUCCCAGACCUUGGUGAUUGGUUUGUUCAUUCAUGUUUGAAAUUUUAUAAUAAUAACGUUGAACAGGUUAUCAAUGCUCUUUGUGACGAUUCAGUUUUACCUCAACACCUUAAAUCGAUGGAUAAAUCAUUAAAAUCUGAACCAGUUAAAACAACCUCACCAAGACCAAAUGACAAUAGUACUACAAUCCCAACAGCAACAGCACCUGCUAAAACUGCUACAACUACCACAACUACCACCACAACCACUACAACAUCAGCACCUAAAGACAGUGUAAAGAAACUUUCAGUAUCAAUGGAAAGAUUAAAUAUUGGUAAAAAAUCACUUAAUCCAGAAUUCCAGAAUACUAGCGAUAUUGAAAGAGCCAAAUCCUUUAUUAAAAAUUAUGAAUUAAUCUACGAUGAUGAAUAUGACGAUUCCUUAGAAGAGUUUUCAAGCUUCAAAGUUCAAGAUGGUGAAACCUAUAUUGAAAAUGAUAGUGAUGUUGAAGGUCAGGCAAGUGAAGAUUCAAAGAAAAAGGAUUCAAAAAAUAAAAAGAGCGGUAAUAAAAAAGAUAAUAAUAAUAUUAAUAUUAAUAUUAAUAAUAAUAAUAUUGAUGAUAAUAAUAAUAAUAAUAAUAAUAAUAAUAAUAAUAAUAAUAAUAAUAAUAAUAAUAAUAAUAAUAAUAAUAAUAAUAAUAAUAACAAUAAUAAUAAUAUCCCAAAUGAUAAUAAAUCAAAAACCUCUUUUUCACAUGCACCUAUUAAAAGUGAAAAGAGAUCAACUCCAUUUUUACCACCAACAAAGAAGACCGAAAAAGAUAGAAAAGAUAAUAAUAACAAUAAAAUAGAUAAUAAUGUUUCUAAUAUAACAACCACCAGUUCCAGUACCGGUAAUAUUUACAGCAGUGGCAGUAGCAGUAACAGAAACAUUAGCACAAUUGGUACUAAAACAACAGAAACAAUUUUAUUUGAAGAAAAUGAUGAAGGAGAUGAUUAUAAAGCAAACGUAUUCCCAUCAUUUAGUGGCAAAAUUCUUCCAUCAGGUGCUCCACGUAAACCACAUGUCAGAGAAACUUUUAAAGGUAAACCACGUUUCAAUCCAAAUAAUAAUAACAAUAACAAAACAGAAAAGCAAGAACAAGAUACACAAGAGCCAAAACAAGAACAAAAGCAAGAAAAACAAAAAGAUCAAAAACAAAAACAAAAUAGAAGAUCCAAUAAUCAAACUCCAAAGAGAUAUUAUUAA